AUGUUGGAGCGUUCGUCAUUCCUUGAUAACAACACUCCAAAAUCUCAUCAAAAUGUUCAUGAAAAUUCAGAUAAAACGCUUGAACUGUUGUACCGUGAUGAUCAGCAGCAUCAGCAACAACAAGAAUCCACAGCAAAAUCAUCCCAUCAUUGGUAUGUGGAUGAAAACUUUGUUACCCGAGCCGAGUUGUAUGCAAUAACAACCAUUCCCGAUCAGAAUCUUAAUUUUGAUACCAUCAAUAAUAUUCAAAAUAACAUGUACUUUUAUUUGGUGAUGAAUGAUAAGGUACAACAGCAAGUGGGACUGCACAACAAAAAGUAA